UUGAUAUCAUAAAGGAACUGGCUGAGCUCUCCUGCCUAAUCUGUAGCUUCCCAUACUCUUCCUUGCGAGGGUUAAUAGGUUGAGAAGAUACUGAAAAUGGCUACUGCCCAGGUGCAAAGGAACAUAGUGAGCUCAGUGCAGAUUCCCACUCGUGUAACUACAGAACAGCAGUCCCUGGCUCUCAUUAAAAGGCUCCUUGCUGUCUCAAUCUCCUGCAUCACUUACCUGAGAGGACUGUUUCCUGAGUAUGCGUAUGGGACCAGAUAUAUAGAAGACAUCUGUGUGAAGAUCCUCCGAGAAGACAAAAGCUGUCCUGGUUCAACCCAGUUAGUGAAAUGGAUGUUAGGAUGUUACGAUGCAUUGAAGAAAAAAUAUCUCAGAAUGGCCGUAAUAGCGAUCUAUACAAACCCAGAAGAUCCACAGACGAUUACAGAGUGCUAUCAGUUUACAUUUAAGUACACUGCUAGCGGUCCCGUCAUGGAUUUCACCAGCUGUAAAGGUGACAACUCCGUUUCGGCCAGUUCAGAUAUAAAACAGGCCAGCAUUCUGCUUAUCCGCAAGCUGUACGUCCUCAUGCAGAAUCUGGAACCUCUGCCUAAUGAUGUCUGCCUAACGAUGAAGCUUUUCUACUAUGAUGAAGUUACCCCGGCAGACUACCAGCCUCCUGGUUUCAAAGAGGGGUGCUGUGAUGGGAUGAUGUUUGAGGGGGAGCCAAUGCACCUCAGUGUGGGCAAAAUGUCUACCCCUUUUCACGUCUUUAAAGUAAAAGUCACCACAGAGAAAGAUAGGAUGGAGAAUGUGGAGAAGGCCGUACUCAAGAGUGUGGAGAGCAAAACACCUUCACAGCCCACUGGGACAGUCAUGGAGGAUGGAAAACAGCCUGAUCAUCGGAUGGCAGUAAGAUUGAAACACCUUCUGUCUGAUGAAUUGGUUAAUAAAGAGGAUUGGGAGAAACAUAACGUGGACUCUAUGAACAUUGAAGAGCUGCCAAGACCAGGAAACACUGGGCAAAUAGUUACUAGCCAAACGUCAGUACAGGAAACAAAAAGUAGCAUAUUUACGGAUUCUGGAGUGAAGACAGCAAGGUGAGUAAGUACGAGAAGUGAGCCAGAACUAGUCUGCGACCUGGGAAUUACUUGGAGUGGCACAGCCAGCGUUAGGGCAUGGAGUAACGUUAAGGAAGGGCCAAUAAAAGCCAGAACCAAAUGUACCACAGGGGCUUUCGUUAAUGGAGACCAUGUGAUUGCACCACUAAACUAAAGGUAUGGGUGAACUAGAAACCUUUUUCAUCGUAGUGUUGUUAUAGCUUAUAUCAUUGUUAUCGCUAUAAAAACAGCUGGGGGAAAGCCCUCUUCAUUGCCUCGCGUGCAAAGUCAUCCAGGUUACUGCACACCUCACUGUCUGUCAUUCUUUCAGAUUUUGGUUUUUAAAGUUCCAAAUACUGUAAUUCAGGAGCUAGAUUUGCAAAUAUUCUGGCUAACCUGGUAUGAAUAAUUACUUUCAUAGUAGAUCCACUGCUUGAUAUUAAACAGCUGGGUAUAUAUCGAUGUCAAGGCAGCCAUGACAGCUGCAUCAUACUUACUGGAAACCUGUAACUAGACUUCGUGUAAUAGAAUCUUCCAACUCAUUUUGUUAUUUAUUUAGUUUCAGCUAGUUGAUCUUUAGUUUUAACU